CCUCACUCUUCCAGUGGAUGUUAUCAAACUGGAUACAUGGCAAAUGGCAAGCUGACGUUUGUCAAGAGUGCUGCGUGUUCUAAUGGACCUCCAAAAGGUGGAGUCUGGUUCCCAGUCUCAGUCACGGUGAACGGCCAAGAUGCACAAGUAUACCACAGUGGGGUCCUGGUGGCGACCACCAAGCCUCAUUUCCCUCCUAAGGCCCGGGGAGGAGUGUUCGCUUAUAACGGUUACAAAAAUGUGAUCCUCUUCAGAAAUUUCACAACUGGUCCUAUCGUUCACGUCAGCAAGAGAUGCAAACGCGUGGUUGACUUGCCAGGAUACACUGAAGUGGAUGCUGCCCACGGAAUUUGGCCGAAAGAUGGCUUCUGUCAAGUAGCUUACCUUAGAGACAGCAGUACAUCAAGUUAUCAGCUCUCAGUCGAUAUGUACAACUUCAUGGGAUGGCGAGGAGCCAACUCUGGUCACCUAGGAGUGUUUUUAAACGCCGAAGAUCAAGACAACUAUGACUUCGUCUAUUUUAGGUUUGUUGCAAUUUAUAGACGCAUAAGAGGGAAAUUGUCGGUAUGUUGAUUUCAAACCAGAGCCAGAGCGGCAAUCUCAAUUUUUCAAAACCAUCUUACGACCAGUUCUGUUUACGGAAAUGAUUUCAGGGUAUUAGAAAUUCUAUAAAAAAGAUGGGGAGUGCUGUAUUAGCUGACAUGCUCGUGACUCGGUUAUGCAAUAAGCCUUUUAGGUUUAGUCGCAUUUCCUUAAUUUUACUUAUUGUUUCUUUUUAUUUCCCAGGCCUCAUUCAUCCAGCUUAUGUUUUCAGACGGGUUACGUUUACAAAGGUCAGCCAAAAUUUGACGGAGCAAAGUCCGCCUCUUGCCCCAACGGUCCCCCCAAGGGAGCAGAAUGGUUCAACAUCAGGGUGGUAGUGUCAAAGAACUCCAAUCCUGCCGGGGAAGGGAAGGUCUACCUGAAAGGAACAUUGGUGACAUCAUUCAACCUGCGCCAUCCAAUCAGAAAACGUGGUGGUGUCUUGGUUGCCAAUGGUUACAAUAAUGUGGUGUAUUACAAGAACUUCAAGUUGUUGUAA